UCAGAAGCGACUGGCUCCAGAACAGAAUUAAUAAACAUCAAGAAUGAUUUCCUUCCUUGCCAUGUAACUACGGAAGACUUUUAAAAUUCUGGCUUUUUGUGUUGCUCUUUGAGAAAUGGCACCACCCAGAGGAGUGGCCAAGUAGCAAAUUGAUCAGAAAAAUAUUUUCUGUCACCUCCUUAUUUUCUUGCUCUGACACCAACUGGAUCCUUUGCCCUUAGCUGUACUCAGACAACUCUGCAAAGGACGAAUUGAAAACAUUUUUGAAAGCUGCAGGGCACAAACUUGUGGUAGUUGAAUUUUCAGCAAAAUGGUGUGGCCCCUGCAAAAGGAUGUCUCCUCUUUUUCAUGCACUGUCUCAGCAAUACCAAAAUGUAAUGUUUGCUAACGUGGAUGUCAAUGAUUCUCCGGAAUUGGCUAACACCUGUCACAUCAAAGUAAUACCCACAUUUCAGAUGUUCAAGAAAAGCCAGAAGGAUCAAGGCAAACCCUUAUAUUCAAGGCUACCAUUCCAGUUUCUCCAUCAUUUUGAUCCACUAUACUAUUACAAACCCUUUUAUGUCGAAGUCAUACCUUAUAUUCAUGUAUUUUUCUAUUCCAAGCACCCAGAGGAAUUUGGUCUUCCCUGAAAUCCCAGUGUCUGU